UUUUAAUGGCAUUAAAAUGAGCUGAAGUCCCACCCCUGGGAGGUUCAGGAAAUAGCACCUCCUGUGUUUUGUAAAGCUUUUUGACAAGCAGGAUCACAAAAAUUUCACAGAUACAGUUGUCAUAACCAAGAAACAUGACAGAGGACCCAGGAACUGUGGCUGCUACAACAUCAGAUUACAGUGAUUACUUUGAGAGUACUGAUGACUAUGGAUCACCAUGCAACAAUGGAAACACAAAGGCCUUCAGUGAGGUUUUCCUUCCAACCCUGUACAGCUUAGUUUUCAUACUUGGCUUCAUCGGAAAUGGACUGGUAGUGUGGGUCCUGAUCAGAUACCGUCAAAAAUCCAACAUGACAGAUGUGUGCCUCUUCAACCUAGCCCUAUCUGACCUACUCUUUCUUGUGUCACUCCCUUUUUGGGCUCAAAGUGCCAUUGAUGAGUGGGUUUUUGGCAAAUUCAUGUGUCAUUUCAUAACAGGUCUCUUCACGUUGGGUCUGUACGGUAGCAUAUUCUUCAUGGUCCUUAUGACACUGGAUCGCUAUGUUGUCAUCGUCCAUGCCCAUAGUAUCUUUUCCAGAAAUCGGUCUGUAAAAAUGGGUUUGGUUCUGGCCUCAUUUGUAUGGAUGCUCAGUCUGUUUGUAUCCCUCCCUAAUAUUAUUUUUGCCCAAUCGAAACAUGAGACAAACACCAAAGCAUCAUGCAAAUCUGAAUUUCCUAAGGAUACAGCCUGGAUGUCAUUUACUUAUCUUAAGAUGAACCUCCUGACCUUGAUCAUCCCUCUGAUUAUUAUGAGCUUUUGCUAUUCCCGGAUCAUCCCUACUCUGCUCAGCAUAAAAUCACAAAAAAGGCACAAAGUCGUCAGACUCAUCUUGGCUGUGGUGGUAGUUUAUUUCCUCUUCUGGACUCCAUACAACAUUGUCGUGUUUCUUAUGUACCUGCAGAAGCAUGGCUAUUUGCUUGCUUGUGAGUGGCAUACUAGUUUAAGCCUUGCCAUGCAGUGGGUGGAAACAAUCGCCUUAAGCCACUGUUGCCUCAACCCUAUCAUCUAUGCCUUUGCCGGACAGAAGUUCAGAAGAGCAGUUCUUAAAGUCCUAAAAGAGCAGUUUCCAUUGUGCUUUAACCAAUGCGCCACUUUCUCUCAACAGUUAUCUGAACGUAGAAGUUCAGUCUUCAGCAAAUCUACUGAAUAUUCUUCCACACAGAUUGCAUAGAGCAAACCUAUUCCCCCAGAGUUAUUUUUAGUGUUUUUUUUUCUUUACCGUCCAUAAGUUCUCCUUUUUAUUGAAUGUAUAUUGAGUUCUUGAAAGUUGUCUUUGUUCUGUUUUUUGACAAAUUUCUUAACAAUAAUGAUAUAUGUUAAGUAGGAGAGUGCGGAAGUUGAAGUUAUUGCAAAUGUAUUCUUUGUGCAUGUAUAUUGCUCAUAUUUUAGAAAUGUGAAGGAUACCGAUAAUUAAGAAAUUAAUGAUUGCAUCAGGAAUUUUAAAUAAACUCACUGUUAGUCUUUG